UCCCCGUUUAGAGCGACCACGCAAUCUCCGCACAGCAACAUCAUUCAGAUCUGCUCCACUCAGGCCACAGGGGGAGCACAUUACAUUGGGACGGCGAAACAAGUCAAAGAGGUUAACUUGGAUACACACGCGGCGGUGUUUUAAUAAUAAAAAAGUCGCCGCACCGUACACUGAAGCGAUUGAUAUACACGCGAGAAGAUUUGUCCUUGAUAUGGGACAUGUUUUGAAAAGUACAAACACGCUGAGUUGAAGGAUAUAACUCCAGUAUGCGGCACUUUUGAAACAAAGGGGUCUGGAGCGUUGUUGUCUAAUAGGAUUUGGGCCCUUUCUGGAUGGGAAAGAUGGAACCAGAGGGGCAGUGGUGGAAAAGCCAGCUCGCAGCGGACAUCCAUCAGGCUCUGCGGAUUAAGGAGCUGAAAUUGCCGGCAUACCAGGCCCACUCUCCGCAGAUCGGGAUGCGUCGGUACUUUGCAGACCUGUUGGCCGUUCUCAGUAACCGCUAUCAGCUGUGUCCCACUGCACGUCACUUGGCUGUCUAUCUGCUGGACCUCUUUAUGGACCACUAUGAUGUAGCGGUGCGGCAGCUCUACGUCAUCGCCCUCUCCUGCCUCCUCCUGGCCAGUAAGUUUGAGGAAAAGGAGGACCGUGUGCCCAAACUGGAGCAACUGAACACACUUGGCUUCAUGUGCAGUCUGAACCUCACCCUCAACAAGCGUGACCUCAUCAAGAUGGAGCUGCUGCUGUUGGAGACGUUUGGCUGGAACCUGUGCAUGCCAACACCCGCUCACUUCAUCGACUACUACCUCCACGCCGCUGUCCAAGAGGGAGACCUGCACAACGGCUGGCCCCUCUCUUCCUUGUCCAAAACCAAAGCCUUCAUGGACAAGUACACACACUACUUCCUAGAGGUCUCAUUACAAGAUCAUGCCUUCCUAAGCUUCAGGCCCUCUCAGGUGGCGGCUGCCUGCAUAGCUGCAUCCAGAAUCUGUCUGCAAAUCUCGCCCAGCUGGACCACCGUUCUCCACCUGCUCACCGGCUACUCUUGGGAUCAUCUGACACAGUGUAUCCAGCUCAUGCUACUUGCCCAUGACAACGAUGUUAAAGAGGCCAACAAAUCCAAAUCAUCCCCCUCCUCUGGCCAAAGCCUCCUGCCCCAAGCUCACAUCCCGCCCAGUCCUGCCACCCCCUCUCUGCAGAGGCAGCCCACCGCCAGCUCCCAGCAGCUGCUCCUCCAGGCCAGCAGCUACCCGCAGCACUCGCCGGCAUUAUCCCAGCUGCACAUGCUGGCAGACUGCCAGGCACUGGGUCCCGUGGGCUCUCGGGAUUACCUGCAGCCUCACCAGGCCAGCCUGCUCUCUGCAGCAAUGCCGGCAAGCUCCUUCGCUUCUUUCCCCAGCUUGGCGUCCGGGUUGCGUGGUUUGCCCCUUCAGGGUCCUAUCUCUAUGCAGGUGAGCAUGGGGCCCGAACGCCACUGCCUCGGUCUGACUUACGGGAGCGGAUAUUUGAGCUCUCAUCACACCUUCACAGCAGGCUGCUUCGACAGGUGACGCCAGGAGAGGGAGGACAAACUCAACCUGGGGCUGCCGCCGCCGACGUCCUCCGCCCUCUCGCCCUCAUCCGGCCCCGAGGGGCUUCGCCUUAGCCGCAGACGAAGACUUUCCAAACAGAAGACAAAGAGUCGAGUGGAUCCCACAGAGGUUAUAGUAUUAACUUAAAAACGUACAUUUGUGUGCGCUUACUUUUUUAUGAACUGAGGAUGUCUAUUUUUCAAGAGUUUGUUAAAAAGGGACUUUCCUGCCAGUGCCACAUCGGCCAAGCUGAUCGACUGAGAACACUUUUUAUAAUAUACAGCCUUAAGAAAUGAAAUUCAACCACACCAGCAUUUUUCAAACCAGCACGGGAACUUUCACACUGGAUUUACUGUACGGUCCUUCGAUGCUGCUGCCUUUACGACCAAGAAUCUUGUGUUUCUUUCUGUUUACAGUGACAAGCCUCAUAUCAGGGAUGUACAGAAAUCUUACACGCCAUUGACACAGUUUAUGUUUGUAUGAAGUAGCUUCUUUGUUCUCCUUGCCGAAUUGGUUUCGAAAGCGAAACGGGCCGUUAUGCUGACAGGUUGAAACCAGGUUUUUCCUCAGGCAGAUGGAGGGAAGCCUCUCAGGGGAUGGAGGCAUAUGUCCUACCCUCUCUCCUGAGCCGGAGGAAACCAUGCUUUACUAGUUCCUCCCCCUGGGGAAAAUAGCCAUGAUCAUCUUGUGGUUCUGCCGACACUGUGGCUUAGAAAGAUUACCUCACGUUACUGCUCUUACACUGUCUUUACCUCUGAGGUCAUGCUAGCAACCGGUCAACAGAGUAAAUUUAAGAUCAUUUUGCGGGUUAGUAAUUCAGGCUUUGUUCUACUGUUAUAAUAUGCUUUAAAUUUUGGUGGGGGACGGAUGGAUGAUUGACACUAUUUUGUUUGCCUAUACACAUUACAUCAGCAUCAAUUCAGUCUUAUUUCAACUUGAGGAUAUUUUUAAUUCUUGGUCCAAAAAUAUUUUAUCAUACACUAAAGAUAAGAUUAACCAAAUGUGCUUUUUAUAUCCUGAAAGUAUAGGCUACACAAUGAAUUUCUUUUUUUUUUGUUGUUGAUGACUGGCCUUUAGACCAAAGCGUCUGCUUUACGUCCUGCUGAAUGAGAAGCUUUUCAACCACUUUACUGGACUUUGGAUCAAAAUCUUUCUCCUGUAGUCCUGGACUUUGAACUACCUCAAUAUAUUGCCAUUUAUGUGCUGAUUCUGCAGGGCUCGACGUUCUUUUGCUUUAUACUUUUUUACUGGAUUGGUCAUAUAACAUUCACAGCUUUGUAUUUUUUUCCAAAGUUUCGUUUAAUUUUUCUUCUUUUUCAUGUUUUGUUUAGGUAGAAAACUGUGUUCACUGUAACAGACACGCACUGUUUUAUAUUUCUGUUCAUUCAUUUUUUUUUGUGAAGCCUCUGUGUGUGCAAUACGUAAUCAUUAGGUUGUUACUUUUAGACUGCAUUUUUUUACUACCACUACUUUUUUAUGAUGUAGAAUUAGUUGUUUUUAUUUGUUGAUACAUUAUUACUGCUGACAAGCAGUGAUUUAUUUUUCCAUCAAGAAAAUGUUGCACAUUGCAACCAAUGUCUCCUGAGUCAGACAUUUAUAGUAAGCUGGAGAUCAAUAAUACUGCUCAUUCUAUGAUCUAAUGGGUUUAUUUAAAACCUUGUAUUUGGGUCAGGGGAUAACCGGUGUAAUUUGGAUGAAAACCCCAGAAAUAAAACGAAAAGCACAAA